AUGGCGGGCGAGGCCGUCACGGCCAUGAUCGUGGCUGACGACGGCGGCGACGACCCCCUGGCGGACCGCCGCGAGGACCGGGAGGCGGCGGCGGAGCGGGAGAGGAAGGCGAAGGUGGCGAAGCUCAAGGCGCAGACGGCGAACGCGAUGGAGGUGGCGCCAGUUGACCCGUUGGCGUGGCUGAGCGGUCUCCUCGAGGAGAAGAACCGCCUUGCGAUUGCGAAUGACGACCUGCGGGCUCAGCACGCCACGCUCGCGGCCGAGGCGGACCGGCUUCGCGCCGAGCGUAACGCCGCGGUCGAAACACACGCGCAAGAGCUCAAGAAGCGUGUGGCCGAGUUCGAGGACCGCGAUGCCAAGCGGCGCAAGCUGACCGUGCAGCAGCAGUAUGCCUCGGCGCUGCUGGGCGCCGUCGCCGAGCCCAAGGACCGCGUGCUGGUGCGCUGGCCCGCGGGGAUCGUGUCCGUCGCAAAGGUGCUCCCAGCGCCUGCGAAGGCGGCGCCCUCCCUCCUUCACGUCGAGUGCUGCAUCACGUCCGACGGCGACAAGAUCCGGGACACCGUCAGCCCCGGCGCCGUCGAGGUCGUGACCAAGCACAACUUUGAGCGCUUGCUCGCCGAGGUGCUCGAGCCGGCCAACCUGCGGAAGCUCGCCGCUUCGGGCAGCAACACCGCCGAGCCGGAGCCGGACUUCCUUCGGCGCGCGAUCAAGCAGUCGACCGUCGACGUCAAGGAGGGUCUCCCCGCCGCGUGCGAUCUGCCGAUCGAGGGGCUUGCAAGCCGGGCGGAGCAGCGCCUGGACGCCGGAGGAGACGCGACUCCUCCGGAGGUGAAGCGGAAGGUCAAGGUUGAGACGAGCGACAGCGAGGAGGAGCAGGAGCCUACGGUGGAGCAGGGGCCUACGGUGGAGUCCUCGUGA